ACUAUUUGCACACAUUGGGCAAGCGACACAAACAUAGUAGGCUACGCAUGUAUGCCCGAAAUAGAAACUGUAAACAUUUCUGUCAAAAUUCAGCUUGCAGAGCGGUCAAGUCGCCAUAUAGGCAUUGUUAUGUGCCUUUCAGCCAACUAGCACAAUAAAACGCUGCUUGCGUCUCUUUAUAUCAAACUUGAGAUUUUUUGUUUGUGAGACGAUUCAGAACGCUUUAUUUUGCACAUAUUUAUGCGCGGCGUAUCGAGUUUCGUGAUGGGCGUAUUUUUCAUGUAUAUAAAGCUACGUUUAAUGGCAGCACAUUUUUCGAUGCGUCCUUCCCUCGGUAAAUAAAUAAAAAAGCGAAAGAAUGGAGGACGGUUCAAAACGCAUUGUCGACAUGACUGAAGGCGGAGCUCACACGAUUUGAUCGACGCUUUUGGCCAAGAUGCUUCGUCUUUCUUUUUCUGUGUACGCCAGUAACCACCUAUCAGCUGCUGUUCUGCAGCCCCCUCGAGCAUGAGGUCACAAUGAAGCGCCGCUUGGAGGAACAGGAAGCGGUUUUCGCGUCCCAGCAGCGCCGGCUCCCGGCCAGCAACGAGGGCUUCCAGCACCGGGUCCUGGCCCCCGCGCCAGCCGUGUACGAGGCAGUCCCCGACAGCAUGCAGCCCACCACUGGCAUCCAGUACUCCCUCCCGCAGAGCUACCCGGUUCCCGCUGUGGCACAGAGCUCUGGAGGACAUGGCCACGCCCCCGCCCCGGCCGUGCACGGCAGCGCCCACCACCACAGCCCCGCCGUUCAGCCACACGGGGCCCAGGUGGUGCAGAGCCACGCCCACCCGCCGGCACCCCCGGCGCCCUCCGCCCCCGCGCAGGGACAGCAGCAGUUCCAGAGGCUCAAGGUGGAGGAUGCCCUUUCCUACCUGGACCAGGUGAAGCUGCAGUUUGGAAGUCAGCCACAGGUCUACAAUGACUUCUUGGACAUCAUGAAGGAGUUUAAGUCCCAGAGCAUUGACACCCCUGGAGUGAUCAGCAGGGUGUCCCAGCUCUUCAAGGGACACCCCGAUCUCAUCAUGGGCUUCAACACCUUCCUGCCACCCGGCUACAAGAUCGAGGUGCAGACCAACGACCUGGUCAACGUCACCACGCCAGGACAGAUCCACCACAUCACUCCCCACGGCAUCUCUGUGCAGAACAUAGCCCCGCCCCCACCUCCCCAGGCGCAGUCCCAGCUGCCCGCCCCCACCACCACUGCAGCCCCGCCCCCGCCUGUUCAGCCUACACCGGCCAAGAUCAGCAAGCCCCUGCAGUCUCCUGCCCUGACCCCCACCAGCCAGCCCAACCCUUCCAUCCCGCCCUAUGCCUCACCCCGCUCGCCCCCAGUGCAGCCCCACACGCCUGUCAGCAGUGCCCCACCCCUGCAGAACAACCAGCCCGUGGAGUUCAACCACGCCAUCAACUACGUCAACAAGAUCAAGAACCGCUUCCAGGGCCAGCCCGACAUCUACAAGGCCUUCCUGGAGAUUCUGCACACCUACCAGAAGGAGCAGCGGAACGCCAAGGAGGCGGGGGGGAACUACACCCCCGCCCUGACGGAGCAGGAGGUGUACGCUCAGGUGGCCCGGCUCUUCAAGAACCAGGAGGAUCUUCUCUCGGAAUUUGGCCAGUUCCUGCCGGACGCCAACAGCUCCGCGUGUGGUCCCUUUUCCCAGCUGCUCAGCAAGACCACAGCGGAGAAGGCUGAGUCUGUGCGCAACGACCACGGCGGUACGGUCAAAAAACCGCAGCUCAACAACAAGCAAAGGCCCAAUCAGAAUGGCUGCCAGAGCCGACGCCACUCUGGGAGUGGAGCCACGCCCCCAGUCAAGAAGAAACCUAAACUGCAGGGCUUGAAGGACUCGUCCCUGGCAGAAGUCAGUAAGCAUGGUGUGGGCACAGAGUCUCUGUUCUUUGAGAAGGUUCGAAAGGCCCUGCGGAGCGCCGAGGCCUAUGAUAACUUCCUGCGCUGUUUGGUCAUCUUCAACCAGGAAGUGAUCUCCCGCGCUGAGCUGGUGCAGCUGGUGCUGCCGUUUCUGGGAAAAUUCCCAGAGCUGUUCACCUGGUUCAAGAACUUCCUGGGGUACCGGGAGUCGUCCCACAUUGAGAGCUUCCCCAAGGAGCGUGCCACCGAGGGCAUCGCCAUGGAGAUCGACUAUGCCUCCUGCAAGAGGCUUGGCUCCAGCUACCGGGCCCUGCCCAAGAGCUACCAGCAGCCCAAGUGCACCGGGAGGACCCCGCUCUGCAAGGAGGUCCUGAAUGACACGUGGGUGUCCUUCCCCUCCUGGUCGGAGGACUCCACCUUUGUCAGCUCCAAGAAGACUCAGUACGAAGAGCACAUCUACAGGUGUGAGGACGAAAGAUUUGAGCUGGACGUGGUGCUGGAGACGAACCUGGCCACCAUCCGUGUGCUGGAGACCGUGCAGAAGAAGCUCUCCCGCAUGUCCGCCGAGGAGCAGGCCAAAUUCCGGCUGGACAACACCAUGGGUGGGUCGUCCGAGGUCAUCCACCGCAAGGCCAUUCAGAGGAUAUACGGUGACAAGGCCCCUGACAUCAUUGAUGGGCUGAGGAAGAACCCUGCCGUCUCUGUCCCUAUUGUCCUCAAGAGGUUAAAGACCAAGGAAGAGGAAUGGCGAGAAGCCCAGAGAGGCUUUAACAGGAUUUGGAGGGAGCAGAAUGAGAAAUAUUACCUGAAGUCCCUGGACCACCAGGGCAUCAAUUUCAAACAGAACGACACCAAGGUGCUGCGUUCCAAGACCCUACUCAAUGAGAUCGAGAGCAUCUAUGACGAGCGGCAGGAGCAGGCAUCGGAAGAGAACUCUGCCCCGCCCACCGGCCCCCACAUGACCCUGACCUAUGAGGACAGCCAGAUCCUGGAGGAUGCCGCCGCCCUCAUCAUCCACCACGUCAAGCGGCAGGCCGGAAUUCAGAAGGAGGACAAGUACAAGAUCAAGCAGGUGGUCUACCACUUCAUCCCCGACCUGCUGUUCGCCCAGCGGGGGGCGCUGUCCGACCUGGAGGAGGAGGAAGAGGAGGAGAUGGAGCUCGACGAGGGCGGGGCCAAGAAGCACAAUGGGGUGGUGGCCGGCGGCGGAGGGGGCGGAGCCAGUCCCGCCAAGUCCAAGCUGCUCUUCGGCAGCACGGCAGCUCAGAAGCUGCGCGGCGCGGACGAGGCCUACAACCUCUUCUACGUCAACAACAACUGGUACAUCUUCCUGCGGCUGCACCAGAUCCUGUGCUCGCGGCUGCUGCGCAUCUACGGCCAGGCCGAGCGGCAGAUCGAGGAGGACUGCAGGGAGCGCGACUGGGAGAGCGAGGUGCUGGGCUUCAAGCGUGACAAGAACGACAACCCCGCCAUCCAGCUGCGCCUGAAGGAGCCCAUGGACAUCGAGGUAGAGGACUACUACUCCGCCUUCCUGGAGAUGGUCCGGAACCUUCUGGACGGCAACAUGGAUGCCUCCCAGUACGAGGACUCUCUGCGAGAGAUGUUCACCAUCCACGCCUACAUCGCCUUCACCAUGGACAAGCUCAUCCAGAGCAUCGUCCGGCAGCUGCAGCACAUUGUAAGCGAUGCGAUCUGCGUCCAGGUGACUGACCUGUACCUGGCUGAGAGUCCCAAUGCUGCCACAGGGGGCGCUCUCUCCUCCCAGCCCUCCCGGGCCACUGCCGAGGGCACCUACCAGCGCAAGGCCGAGCAGCUCAUGUCCGACGAGAACUGCUUUAAGCUGAUGUUCAUGAAGAGUCGGGGGCAGGUGCAGCUGACUGUCGAGUUGUUGGACACGGAAGAGGAGAACUCGGACGAGCCCGUCGAGGCUGAGCGCUGGUCCGAUUACAUUGGCCGGUAUGUCAACCUGGACUCCACCUCCCCGGAGCUGCGUGAGCACCUGGCCCAGAAGCCGGUGUUUCUCCCCAGGAACCUCCGUCGGAUACGCAAGUACCAACGAGGGCGAGAACAGCAGGAGAAGGAGGCCAAGGAAGGAGGGAAGAAGUCCGCAGAGAACUCCGAAAACCUGAAGCUGGAGAAGAAGUCUGCAGACAGCUCCGAGAACCUGAAGCUGGAGAAGAAGUCUUCAGACAGCUCUGAGAACCUGAAGUUGGAGAAGAAGUCCUCGGAGAAUGCAGAUAACCUGAAGUUAGAGUGCAUGUUCAAGCUCAACUCCUACAAGAUGGUGUACGUCUUCAAGUCUGAGGACUACAUGUACCGCCGCACUGCUCUGCUGAGGGCCCACCAGUCUCACGAGCGGGUCAGUACUCGGCUGCACCUGCGCUUCCAGGCCUGGGUGGACUCGUGGGUGAGGGAGCACGUCACCCGGGAGAUGGCCGCCGAAAACUCCAAAUGGCUGAUGGGAGAGGGGCGGGAGGGGCUGCUGCCGUGCACCACCACCUGCAACCCCGAACUCCUCCACUUCAGGAGCAUCAACAAAUACCGCGUCAAGUACGGCCCCACCCUCAAAGCACCGUAACUCGCCAGCCAACCCGGAAAGGGAGUUCUGGGGGCAGGGGGAGAUUAGGGCCUGGGGAACGGGGGAGACAAUGUUGG